AUGGAGAACAUCAGACAGAAGUUGAAGCGCCGUGUCAGCCACAAGGACCCAGAGCCCAACUUCGAGGAGAACGACUCUGCUGAUGAGGACACCGUCACCUACGUCAACAAGGAAGCCGACGACGCUGAGAAAGACGGCCACCCUCAAGGAAGACCCGGCACUUUCUUGCACCGCUUGAUCUCUCACGGCAACAAGAAGACCGAAGAUCAACUUGCUCGUGAGGCGGCUGCUGCCAACCCUGAAGCUGGUUCCGCCGAUCGCGUGGUCACUCAACGAUAA